AUGGACGUAACGGAAUCGCCAAAUUUUUGCCAUCCGAUUGCCUCUUUCUUAUUGAGUGUCCCCGGCCCGGAGAGCGAUGGGGGGCCAGGCUGGUGGCUAGAUUUUCGUUUCCUAUUUUCUUUCUUUCUUUUCUUAAGUUUUCAAUUUACUGUAUUUUCAUUUCUGUUUUCUUCUUUCUUUCUUUCAUUGACGUUUUCUGUGUUCAUUCAUUUAAAACGUUUUCGUUAUCGGCCAUGCCUCUUCCUAUCUUUUUUGUUUGUGGCCAUCUUUCUUUUCUUUUUUCUUUUCUACUUUUUCUUUCGUUACUUGAUUUUUCUUUUUCUGCAGUUUGACUUUCAUUUUAUAUUUAUUCUUUGUUUAUUGGUUUGCUGGGUUCCUUGCGUAAGUUCUUUCUUUCUUUCUUUCUUUCUUUCUUUCUUUCUUUCUUUUAUUGACGUUUGCUGGGUUAUCCUUCUUUCUUUCUUUCUUUCUUUCUUUCUUUUCUUUCUUUCUUUUUCUUUCUUUCUUUCUUUUCUUUCUUUCUUUCUUUCUAUUGAAGCAGACGUGCCUGAUAGCGUUAUCCUUCUUUCUUUCUUUCUUUCUUUUUUCUUUCUUUCUUUCUUUCUUUCUUUCUUUGAAGCUAAUUUCUUUUCCUUCCAUCUUUCUUUCUUUCUUUUUUUCUUUUUCUUUUCUUUUGCUUUCAUUUUCUUUUUCUUUUGUUUUUCAUUUUUUUCUUUUUUCUUUCUUUCUUUCUUUCUUUUAUUGGAAGCAGACGGUAAGUGCCUGAUAGCCUUAUCCAUCUUUAUUUCUUUCUUUUCUUUUCUUUCCAUUUUUUUUUUUCUUUUCUUUUCCUUUCUUUCUUUCUUUCUUUUUUUCUUUUUCUUUUCUUUUUGCCAUUUUCUUUUCUUUUGUUUUUCAUUUUCUUCUUUCUUUCUUUCUUUCUUUUUUCUUUCUUUUUUUCUUUCUUUCUUUUCUUUUUCGACGGUAAGUUUCUUUUUCCUUUCCUUUCUUUCUUUCUUUUUUUCUUUUUUCUUUCUUUUCUUUUCUUUCCAUUUUCUUUUUUUUUGUUUCUUUUCCUUUUUCUUUCUUUUUUUUUUUUUUUCUUUUCUUUUGCUUUCAUUUUUCUUUUCUUUUUAUCCUUCCUUUUUUCCUUUCUAUCUUUCUUUCUUCCUCCGUUACUUUCUUUCUUUCUUUCUUUCUUUCUUUCUUUCUUUAUUCAAACCUCUAAGUUACCUGUCUUCUUUCUUUCUUUCUUUUUUCUUUCUUCAAACCUCUCAGUUACCCGUCAUCUUUCUUUCUUUCUUUCUUUCUUCAAACCUCUCAGUUACCCGUCAUCUUUCUUUCUUUCUGUCUUUCUUUCUUUCUUUCUUUCUUUCUUUCUUUCUUUCUUUCUUUCUUCAAAACUCUCAAUUACCCGUCAUCUUUUCUUUCUUUCUUUCUUUCUUUCUUUCUUUCUUUCUUUCUUUCUUUCUUCAAACCUCUCAGUUACCCGUCAUCUUUCUUUCUUUCUGUCUUUCUUUCUUUCUUUCUUUCUUUCUUUCUUUCUUCUCCAAACCUGUUUGUUUCAUUUCUUUUCAUUUCUCCUUCUUUGUUUGUUUGUUUCUUUCUUUCUUUAUUCAAACCUCUCAGUUACCUGUUUCUUUCUUUCUUUCUUUCUUUCUUUCUUUCUUUCAACCUCUCAGUUACCCGUCAUCUUUCUUUCUUUCCGUCUUUCUUUUUUCUUUCUUUCUUUCUUUCUUUCUUUCUUUUCUUUCUUUCUUUCUUAAACCUCUCAAUUACCCGUCAUCUUUCUUUUCUUUCUUUCUUUUCUUUCUUUCUUUCUUUCUUUCUUUCUUUCUUUCUUCUCCAAACCUGUUUUCUUUCAUAUUCUUAGCUAUUUCAUUUUAUAGUCUCCUUCUUUGUUUGUUUGUUUCUUUCUUUCUUUAUUCAAACCUCUCAGUUACCUGUCUUCUUUCUUUCUUUCUUUCUUUCUUUCUUUCUUUCUUUCCCGUUCUUUCUUUUUUUUUCUUUCUUUCUUUCUUUCUUUCUUUCUUUCCUUUCUUUUCUUCUCAAACCUGUUUCUAUUCUUUCUAUUCAUUUAUAGUCUCCUUCUUUGUUUGUUUGUUUCUUUCUUUCUUUAUUCAAACCUCUCAGUUACCUGUCUUCUUUCUUUCUUUCUUUCUUUCUUUCUUUCUUUCUUUCUUUCUUUCUUUCUUCAAACCUCUCAAUUACCCGUCAUCUUUCUUUCUUUCUUUCUUUCUUUCUUUCUUUCUUUCUUUCUUUCUUUCUUCUCCAAACCUUCUCCUUCUUUGUUUGUUUCUUUCUUUCUUUCUUUAUUCAAACCUCUCAGUUACCUGUCUUCUUUCUUUCUUUCUUUCUUUCUUUCUUUCUUUCUUUCUUCAAACCUCUCAGUUACCGUUCUUUCUUUCUUUCUGUCUGUCUUUCUUUCUUUCUUUCUUUCUUUCUUUCUUUCUUCAAACCUCUCAAUUACCCGUCAUCUUUCUUUCUUUCUUUCUUUCUUUCUUUCUUUCUUUCUUUCUUUCUUUCUUUCUUCUCCAAACCUGUUUGCUUUACACUGUCUGCCUUAUACCUUCGUUCAGACUCUGCACAUCUAUCUAUCUAUCUAUCUAUCUAUCUAUCUGA